AUGUCACUGAGACCAAGUUCCUCUGGAGGCCCGAGUUCGAAGAGCUCAGCAAACAGCUUUAAGUAUGACAAGAGGAUUUCUAGGGACGAUUCCUUUAUAAAUCAUAGAACAGGUACUGGGCCGGGAUUUAAACCGUAUGGUUCUGCACGAGGGCAAUUACCUACUCCGGAAGCAAGUCCACAGACGUCGCCUCAACCAAAGGUAUCUAUUUCAAAUAUUAGGAUGCCCACUCCUGAAUCUAUUAACGAGAUUCAACCCACGGAAAUCGGCAUGGCACUCGGGAGUCCUACAAUGAAUCCGGCGAGUGGGAGCUUGCGAACACCGCAGGCUCCAGUAAGGAAUUGGCAAGGUUCAACUCCGUCUCUGGUUUCGCCCGCACCUGGGGUUAGCACUACUAUUGGGUCUCCAGAAAAAUCUCUGCGCAGGAAGCAGUCAGGGAGGUGGAGAUUAUUUGGAAUGUUUGGGAGGAAGCAACCGGACCACCCGCCCCCGCCCCCGAGGGAGCUGAAAGAUAUACCCUUACCUAGACAGCCGACGGAAGCACCAUCUAAACCACGGAAUACCUCGAAAGUGGAGAGGAGUAAUACUGUCGGUACGCGGAGAACACCAACGCAAAAGCCUAUCGCACCCAGGUCUCAAACGAUGCCUUACGAUGGAGAUAGUUCGGCACAGGAGUCAAAGUCAACGUUGAGAGGUGGGAGUAAAGAGACGCAUGGGAGGAUACCGAUAGCGUUGGACAACAAGCCGGCCUCAAGCGGUCCCUUAUUAGAUGUAGAGAUUCCUGAGAUUACAAUGGAGAGAUAUAGCGUCAUGUUUGGAAGUGUCUUACAGUCACAGUCUUCCUUAUUAUCUCGGCGCCAAGGUAACGUCCAGAAGCUGAAAACCACCGACAAUGCUACAAUAAAUGACAAGGGGGAGAAACAUUAUGAUAUCCCGAGGAGAGUGUCAUCUCCUGCGGGCAUGUCACCCUCACUUGCUUUAUUUCCUCCAUCUACCGUCAAGAAGUCGACACAGACAUCUCACAGCGCAUCGUCGCGUUUAAGAUCUAACACCUCUCCAGCAGAAGUUCGAUCGCCUUCGAAAGUCAGCUUUGAUCACAUGACAUCUCACCGAAGAAAGUCGUCCAAAGACGACGUGAAUUCUCACCCUCACCAGGGGCCUCACCUGGGGCCCUCCGUCCACCGUUACCAAAAGGACAAGCUUACCAUUGCGACCCUAGCUAGAGAAAGAGAGCAACAGCAAGCCGCGGCUAGGGAACACCAAUUCAGCCCCGAAACCUCUAGUUUGAUACUAGACUCUCCCACUCAGUUAUCAUCUCCCGAGAUCGAAGUCGUCAGGUCGGAACCUGUACGAACAAAGGCCUCGUACAUGCAAGAACCCAAGUGGCAAAUGAUGACACCGCCAAACCACACGUCUCCAACCGUACCAUCUUCGUCAACGAGCGACAAAAAGAAAACAAACCCUCUCUCCCCUACCGCAUCCACGCACUCGGAUCUGAGCCGGACGCCCCAAAACUACGACGACGAUGACGACGACGAUGACGAUGACGACAUCGUAUUAGACAGCUCCAAGAUGGACCCUGUCGAACUGUCGAUAGCGAGGCAGAUCUCGAUAUCCAGACAGCAGCGCAAGAUGCUGAAGCCCUUACACACGGGCUCGGUUCGGAGGCAGCGGCCGCCCAUGCCUAAGAUAGCGAUGGCCCAGAACGAGCGGCUCGCCGAGACCAAGGCCUCGACGCCGACGAUAGUCACCCCGGACGAGGAAGAGGCGGCGGAAUCCCCCCUGGCGUAUCAUCGGAAAAGCGAGCGGGUCGUCCUGGACAGAGCGUAA